GUUUCUAGUUUCGGUUUCGGCAGGAAAUUUUAAAAAGUGGAAACCGAAACAUGAUGAUGAUCUUUAUUUAUGCGAACAAUUUGUAAACUAUUGUACGUCUCUUCUGUUAGCUGCCUUGUGUGUAAAGCACUCUUUUUAGACUUUAAAAUGGCAAGCAAGUUGGAUGCAGAUAUUGAGGAGUUAAGGUCAAGGACUGAAGAAGCUACACUAUUUCGUAGCGAAAGAUUUGUUUGCUGUCCAUGGAAGCCAUUUCAAAGACCAAAUCUAAAAAAUCUGGCUAAAUGGAAAUUCUUCACAAAGAAUAAUAGUGGUAUACCAGAUGACCAAGAGCUGGACAGAGUUUUAAAAGUACAUGAAGUUGAUACAACAAAAAUAUGUAAUGCUGCAAAAGACAAAAUCCAGGUAACCUGGAUUGGACAUGCAACUGUUCUAGUCCAGUUUGAUGGUAUCACCAUAUUAUCUGAUCCUGUGUUUUUGAACUAUUGUGGUCCUAAUGCAUUAACUGCAUACAGGAGGUAUAGAAAAGCUGCCUGUGAGAUCAAAGACAUACUUGUGUUGGAUGCUGUGAUAAUAAGUCAUAACCACUAUGACCAUUUGGAGAAAGAUGCUGUGAGGGAGAUAGCCAGCAAGUUUCCUCAUGUGAAAUGGUUUGUUGCUCUCAAACAGAAGGACUGGAUUGUUGACCAGGGGGCAUCUGCAGAAAAUGUGCAUGAGUUUAACUGGUGGGAAGAACAAAGUAUCCGUUUCAGCAAGGAGGAUUUUACAUUUGUUUGUACACCAACACAGCACUGGUGUGCACGUCUCCCAACAGUCGAUGACAAUAAGGUACUUUGGUGUAGCUGGGUUAUAAAGGGACCUACAAAGUCCUACUAUUUUGCCGGAGACACAGGCUACUAUGACAAACUGUUUCAAGCAAUAGGGAACAAAUACGGUCCGUUUGAUUUGGCUGCAAUACCUAUAGGAGCUUAUGAGCCCAGAUGGAUUUUAGAAUACCAGCAUGUUGAUCCCUCAGAAGCUGUAAAAAUACAUCAAGAUGUUAAAUCUAAGUGUUCUAUAGGCAUUCACUGGGGCACAUUUAAAACAUCAGCUUGUGAGUUCUUUGCUGAACCCCCACAGAAAGUGGAAGAAGAAAUGAAGAAAAAGGAUCUAAGUCCAAACAAGUUCAUAAGUCUGUGCCAUGGCGAGACCUGGUGUGUAGGCGAUGAGAGGCAAGAACCCCCUUUUAUGACAUAUAAACCGAAGGGAGAAAACAGUAAAAUGUAGGCACAUAUGGCUACUACUGCAGUUUAUUUCUGUAUCUGUUAAUGGUACAAGCAAUAUCAGUCUGUAUUGUGACAGUGUGCCUAGGACAUUUUUAUUAUUUUCAGACUGUAAAAAUGUUGAGCUUUUUUGUGUACUUUUUAUGGUUUGUAGGAUGAGUAACUAAUUUAGAGCUAACACGAUUUUAAUUGCAUAUAAAAGAUUGAAAUGGUUUGUUCAAUACAGAUCAUAAUCUAUAUACAGACCAUUUUUAUGCCCCCCUUCGAAGAAGGAGGUGUAUAUUGUUUUGCAGAUGGUCGGUCGGUGGGAAUGUAGACCAAUCCGUUUCCGGAUGAUAACUCAAGAACGCUUGGGCCUAAGAUCAUGAAAGUUGAUAGGGAGGUUGGUCAUUACCAGCAGAUGACCCCUAUUGAUUUUGAGGUCUGUAUGUCAAAGGUCAAGGUCACAGUGACCCUGAAUAGUAAAACAGUUUCCGGAUGAUAACUCAAGAACACUUGGGCCUAGGAUCAUGAAAGUUGAUAGGGAGGUUGGUAAUGACCAGCAGAUGACCCCUAUUGAUUUUGAGGUCAGUAUGUUAAAGGUCAAGGUCACAGUGACCCUGAACACUAAAACGGUUUCCAGAUGAUAACUCAAGAACGCUUAGGCCUAGGGUCACGAAAGUUGAUAGGGAGGUUGGUCAUGACCAGCAGGUGACCCCUAUUGAUUUUGAGGUCAGUAUGUCAAAGGUCAAGGUCACAGUGACCAGGAACAGUAAAAUGGUUUCCAGGCAAUAACUCUAGAACGCUUGGGCCUAGUAUCAGGAAAAUUGAUAGUUAGGUUGGCCAUGACCAGCAGAUGAUCCCUAUUGAUUUUGAGGACAUUAGGUCAAAGGUCAAGGUCACAUUGGCCAGGACAGUUAAAACGAUUUCUGAUCUUCUUGUCCAAAACAUAGGGCCUAUGGCUUUGAUAUUUGGUAUGUAGCAAAAUCUAGUGGUCCUUUACCAAGAUUGUUCAGAUUAUAUCCCUUGGGUCAAAUAUGGCCCCGCCCCGGGGGUCACAUGGUUUAUAUAGACUUAUAUAGGAAAAAACUUUGAAAAACCUCUGGUCCAAAAGCACAGGGCCUAGGGAUUUGAUAUUUUGUAUAUGACAUCAUCUAGUGGUCCUCUACUAAGAUUGUUCAAAUUACUCCCCUAGGGUCAAAUGUGGCUCUGCCCUGGGGGUCACAUGGUUUACAUAGACUUGUAUAGAGAAAAACUUUGAAAAUCUUCUUGUCCAAACCACAAAGACUAUGGCUUUGAUAUUUUGUAAUGUAGCAUCAUCUAGUGGUUCUCUACCAAGUUUGUUCAAAUUAUUCCUCUAGGGUCAAAUAUGGCCCCGCCCCAGGGGUCACAUGGUUUAUAUAGACUUAUAUAGCGAAAAACUUAGAAUCUUCAUGUCCAUAACCUGCAUCAUUCAGAUUUGGACUACAUGUAUAGUUUUGAGUGGCAAGAUGAAUGUUGACAUGAGUUGACCUUGAUCUUGACCUAGUGACCUACUUUCACAUUUCUGUAGCUACAGCCUUCAAAUUUGGACCACAUGCAUAGGUUUGUGUACCGAAAAAAACUUUGACCUUGUUAUUGACCUAGUGACCUACUUUCACAUUUUUGAAGGUACAGGCUUCAAAUUUGGACCACAUGCAUAGUUUUUUGUUCCAAAAUAAAAUUUGACCUUGAUUUUAACCUAGUGACCUACUUUCACAUUUUCUCAAGCUAAGCCUUCAAAUUUGAAUCACAAGCAUAAUUUUGUGUACUGAAAUGAACUUUGAUCUUGAGAUUGACCUAGUGACCUACUUUCACAUUUCUGAAGGUACAGGCUUCAAAUUUGGACCACUUGCAUAGUUUUGUUCCGAAAUAAAAUUUGACCUUGAUUUUGACCUAGUGACCUACUUUAACAUUUCUCAAGCUACAGCCAUCAAAUUUGAACCACUUGCAUAGUUUUGUGUACUGAAAUGAACUUUGAUCAUGAGAUUGACAUAGUGACCUACUUUCACAUUUCUGAAGCUACAGGCUUCAAAUUUGGACCGCAUGCAUAUUUUUGUGUUCUGAAUUGAAAUUUGACAUUGAUUUUUACCUAUUACCUACUUUCACAUUUCUCAAGCUACAGCCUUCAGAUUUGAAGCACAUGCGUAGUUCUGUCUAACGAAAUGAACUUUGACCUUGAAAUUGAUCUAGUGACCUGCUUUCACAUUUCUCAAGCCACAGCUUUCAAAUUUGGACCACAUACGCAUUGUUUUGUACCGAAAUGAAAUUUGACUUUGAUUUUGACCUUGAGCUAGUCUUGAAAUUUGGAACAUUCAAAAAUGGCUCAGUGGAUGGCGCCAAGAUCACUCUGUAAUCUCUUGUUAGGUUAAUAGGUUAAAGGUCAAGGUCAGAUUAAACCAGAAUGGUAGAACUUUUGUUUACAGUGAGCAUAUAAUUUCUGUUCCUUGUGCAAUUACUGAAUGCAUCAAGGGGGGCAUUUCAUGUUCGACGAGCUCUUGUUAUUGAGAUAGACAUACGAGACAAACACUAAAACUUUUUCUGGUAUAUUUAUACAGUUAAGCUUGACGAAUGUAUUGAAGCAGUCAGUUUAAGAAGUGAAAAAAUCUGGCAGCUUAAAGCAGUUGGCUGCUAAAGACAAGUUGGUGUUACAACAAAAAGUCAAUUUAGGAAGUAAGCUGACUGGCUGCUUAAAGCAGUUGGCUGCUAAAGACAAGUUGGUGUUACAGCAGAAAGUCAAUUUAGGAAGUAAGCUGACUGGCUGCUUAAGGCAGGUGGCUGUGUCCAAUAAGACAGGUUCAACUGUGUAGGUAAAGGUUUAAGUACACUGAGUUACCAUCCAUCAUUUCAACAAAGGAUUUGAAUGUUUAACCAAUAAUGUACAUAUGACUGCUUGUUUUUUAACAUGAACUCAAUGUUUAAGAUCCUAAAACAAUGCUAUAUGACUUAAAUCAAAAUCUAUAUCAAAAUUUGUACAUAGUAUCAUUUAACUUUUAGCCUGCUGGCUUCAAGUGAUUCUGCCUUUACAGCCAGUGCAGACCAAGAUCAGCCUGCACAUCAGUUCACUAUUCAGUCAGUAAAUUUUCAGUAAACGCCCCUUCGAAUAACAAAUGGUUUUGCCCAAACUAAAUGAUGGUCCAGCAGACAUAUUAUUUGUGUCAUUUAGGUAUGUGAAAAUCAGAUUUUGUCAAAAUGGAUUUGAAUAUUUAUGAUCAGCAUUAUAUAAUAUUUCACAUUUCAUGUUUUGUAUAGUCUGUGUUAGAAUUGCCGGCAAGUUAUUUCCUUCAGUUUUAGCUUGAAUAUUCUAAGGAAGUGAAAGCCAUUCUUCUCAUAUGGGUGUCACCAUCAUACCUUUGUUCAUGUUUUGCUAGAAGGCAAUAUCUCACUGAUCAUUGUUUCAAUUAGAUUGAAACUUCACACAAUGCUUCCCAGGGACUAAAACAACUAAGAUAAGCAAGUUGUUGAAUCUAUUGUAAAUUAUGGCCCUUUUUGACUUGAAAAAUUUGAUUGAAGUUUUAUGUGCCAUUAGCUGAUGGGCAGUACAUUUAUCACAGAAUGCUUCCUAGUCAUCAUACAUACUUAAAGAUGGUCAAUCUCAUAUAAGCAACAUUUUGUCACAUUUUUCUCUGUCUGUAUAUAGGAGAGAUCGUGUUUGUAUACAAAUCCCUUGUAUUUUCUAUUUUUAGAACUGAUAAGACAAAGUUCGGGUGGACAGACGCCGAGCGUCCAUGUUUUUUUUGUAAACAGUAAUGUUUUUCUAACGGCUUAAACUUUCUUAAAACACAAAUGAUAUCAAUAAUUUUUUGAUCAAUGGAAAGGAUAUAAAACAAGCAAUUUAUUGAUUACUUUUAAUUAUCAUUUCGAAAUAAAAUGGCUUUAUUAUGAAUGCUUAACUUACAGUGUUUUUUCUAAAAGUUUGGAGCAUCGCUACGCCGCUAUUAAAAUCAUAUGUCAUUUAAAAUGGUAAUUCAUUUCAAAAAGAUAUUUAAAUGAGAAAAUAUGAAAAUCGUAAGCGUUUCAAAACUUUUUGAAUUUUUAAAAUCCAUAGAUUAGCGAAAGAGUUAUUAAAAAUUAAAAAUUCCGAUCCCAUACACAAACGGUGUAAAAAACAUUUGUUUUGCCAACCACCAGAUAAACAGAUGUUAAUGCGUGACAUCAGAGUGAUCUCUCCUAUUCUGUUAAAGUUUUAUUUGAAGAUCAAACAAACAUAUUAUAUAGAUAGAUCCCUGUUAGAAAUAUGUGCUUUAUUGAUAAUUUAUGUGUUGUAAUUGCCUCUGUUUAACAUGAAAUUGUUUAAAAAGUUGAGUGUCUGUUUUAGAGCAAUUUCUUGUUUACAUUUGGAUGUGACAGACAUAGUGAUAUUUCAACAAAAUUAACUAAAAGUCAAGUUCUUAAACUGUAUGUAGCUUCUGAAUUAUUUCCAACCUAUCUUGGGGAAAAAGGAAAGUAAUAAACUUGAAUUUAUAAUGAAUUUCAGCUAAAUAAAAAAUCUUUGAUAAAUGUAAUAUUAAAUGGUUUAUAUGGAAAUUGUUCAUUAGGCCAAGUGUGUUUAUCAAAUUUAUCCUUUCACUGAAAUAUGUCGUCUUGGUUCGGCAGUCAGGAUAGGGACUGAUCAAAUGAAAUUUUCAAAAUAUCCCCAAAGAAAUUCUAACUUAUAUCAAGAACUAAAUGAACACAUAUGAGCUGUGCCAUAAGAAAACCAACAUAGUGGCUUUGUGACCAGCAUGGAUCCAGACCAGCCUGCACAACCGCGCAGUCUGGUCAGGAUCCAUGCUGUUCGCUUUCAAACCCUAUUACAAUUGAAGAAACCAUUAGCGAACAGCAUGGAUCCUGACCAGACUGCGCGUCCAGACAUGCUGGUCGCAAAGCCACUAUGUUGGUUUUCAUAUGGCACGGCUCAAUUAUGAGUGUAUAUAAGCAGAUGUUAAAGUUUCAAACAAGUCCAUAACUUGACCAAAAUCUGUUAAACAACUUUAAUUUUUACAUUUUUAAUUACCGACUCCUUCAGACUGAAUAACAGAACUGAAUUGUGAUAUUCCUGCUUAUAAUUGUGCUUCCUUUCUUCAGAUAUUAUGCCUACAUUUUUAGAAGUAAUUGUUGGUACUACUUUACUGGUAAUACAAAUUUGUUAAAGUGUUCCGCACAUUAAACAUGUUAAAUCUCAUGAUGUUGUUACGGUAACUUACCUUAUUUUCAAAUGCGCAUAUUAUGCUACCUAAGCUCUCGUGUAUUAUUGUGCAGUGCCAUUUUCAUUGUUACGUUUUGUCUCAAAGACAUUUUCCCCCAUAAUUGUGAUUAUGUAUUAUGCUUUUUAUGUUGAUAGUUCUGUUUUGUAUUUGUUAAUUAAAGAUAUGUAUGAUGUAAUAACAUGGAAUCUUAAUCUUGGUUUGCAGGUGAUGUUUUUAAAUAAAAUCCUUUGUACUUGAA